GUUCGGAACAGUGUGUGACCCAGCCUGGGGCGCUGCAACACGCGAGAACGGCUCAGCGCGACCCGGCGACCGACCGACCCAGCUCGGCACAGCUCAGCGCGGCGACCACCAGGAACUGUCGGGCCCGGCGCUGCCCGUGAUGACGUCACACCAUGACGUCACACCUUCAGCUGUGUAACGACAACAGCAGCAUCGACCGUCUGUUCCCCAAGUGCCGGCCGCCGACGGUUCGCGCCGCCACCGAUCGGCUCGGCAAUGUGAGCCACAGCUCCGCCGCCAGCACCGCCGCCAGUUCCCUGACAGCAGCUGCCGGGUCAGAGCCGGAGGCCGUCUGUGACCUGAACGGUAACCUCGCCGCCAUGGAGCCGACCCGGGCCGCCGAGCCGCCCUCCAGCGAGCCCGACUCGGACUGCGGGGCCGAGCCGCGGCUGGAGGUGGCGCGCGGCGGCCGCAGCCGGCCGGUCAGACGGCGACCGGUCAGGACCGGCGAGCGGCUCCGCUCGGCCGCGGGAGGCGAGUCGCUCGACCUGACCGUGCUCGGGCUGCGCCCGCUCCGGGAGACCUGUCUGCUGGGCGGCGCCGCGCCCGGUGGCCGGCUCACCGUCGGAGAGACGCCCGUCCAGGGCACCGUGGUGUUUGACGACAUCGGCGACCUGGCCGAGCCGGCGCUGCCCAUCGCGCAGUACGAGGGCUCGCCGAGACGCUACGGCUCCCGGGCGUCGGCCGAGGCGCGGCCCCGGUCCUGGCGACGGCCGGAUGUCGAGCGGAGCCUCGACUGCCCCUCCGACAGGGGUCCAGAGCGGACCGCCGAGCGAAACGCCAGCUGCGCAACGGAACGUAGUCUGGAUCAGCACAGCUUCGGGUACGGAAUCGAGCGCACUUCAGACCGCAUCCCAGGGCGCGGCUAUGACAGGGCAGUUGAGAGGAGUCUGGACUGUCGCCUGGAGCGGAGCUCAGAGAGCACAGACAGAAGAGCGGACCGGUCUCUGGGGUACGGCUCGGAGAGGAGGUUUGUAUACGAGGACGAGCCGAGCUAUGGACGAACGGAAGAGCGCAGGUCGGGACAGGAGCGGAGUCUGGAUCACAGGGCCGAUCACUACGGCGGUGAGCGCGAGUUUGAGCGGAGGGAGUCGCGGGGCAGCCUGACUCUGACAGACACCAGCAUGUACGGCAACUCGGGCAACUAUUUGAUCUCCCCCGACCGGGAGAUCUCAGAGGAGGCGGAGCCUCAGGCGCUGCCUCUCCGUGCCUUCACCCGCCCCGAGGAGGCGGCCGACCCCACCGCCGUGUCUGGCUCCGACCCGGCCGCGCUGGCGGAGCACCGCCUGUCCCCCGACCACAGCCUGUCGCCGCUGCCGACUCCGACUCCGACUCCGACUCGGGGCGGUCGGGCGGACGCGGCGCCGACCGAGUCGACGGUGCGCCCGUCCGACGGCGGCUCGGAGGGCGGCGUGGCGGCGUGCUCGGGCACGGCCAGCUCGUCGUCCGGCUACCUGGGCUCGCACGGCUCGGACGCCUCGGAGCCGGGCGAGGCGGCCGCCGCCGGCCUGGGCCGAGUCAGCCUGCUCGGCCGGCUGGCCGACGGGCGCGACUCGCCGCAGCGCUCCCGUCUGCUGACCCUCUCUCCGCGCACCAGCGUCAGCGAGUGCGGCGACCUGGAGCUAGAGCUGGAGCUGACGCGCUCGGACGGCGGCAGUCCGGCGCCGGGCAGCGCCGCCGCCGGCGCGCCGCUGAUGCCGGUGCUGGAGGACGGCCUCUCGGAUGGCGACUGGGAGGACGGAGAGGGGCCGGACGACUCGGAGGACGCGGCCAGCGCCGAGCCGCUCAGCCCCACGGCGGCCAGCCUGCUGCGGCGCCACAUCGCCCGGCUGGAGUCGGAGCUGCGCGAGCGGCGGCCAGGCUCCCCGCCCCCGCCGCCGCCGCCGCCGCCGGGGCCGCCGUCCCCGCCGAGUGCCGACCACCGCCUGGCCAACAUUACACCCACCCGACAGCGGGAGGUGGAGGCCUACCUGUGUCAGCAGCAGCAGCAGCGUGAGCAGCAGCGAGAACAUCAGCUUCAGCAGCAGGAACAGGAGCAGCAUCAGUACAGAGCCCACUACCGAGGCAGCGACCUGGACCUCAGAUCAGUCGAUCCCUUAGGCUCGGACCACUCCUCUCCUCUCUCCCUGCCGGUGACAACCAGCAGACGGGCUGCUCUCUCCUCUCCCUCGCCGCCGCCGCCGCCACCGCCGCCGCUGUCCGCCCGCGACGCCCCGGCGCCCGAGCCGCCCCCGCCCCCGCCCGAGCACCGGCGUGGCGACUACCCGCUGCACCACACGCCACACCGGGGCGACUACAGUGCAGAGAGGCGGGAGGACUACUGUGCAGAGAGGCGAGAAGACCACGCCGCUGAGAGGCGGGAGGACUACGCCGCUGAGAGGCGGGAGGACUACGCCACCGAGAGACGGGAGGACUACAGCUCAGAGGGUGUUCGAGGCCGCGGCGACUACGCCAGCACACCGGCACGACAUGGUGCCUACAGCUCGGAGCGGCCCGAGAGCGACGACUAUCUGGAGAAGUCUCCCGAUGGGAGCGACUACAGGCACCACGGCGGCGACUACCGCGCUACGCCGACCCGCAGAAGUGACUACGUGGAGCCCUCGCCGCGCCGAGUCGGCUACCGCGGCUCUCCCCCGGCGGACUCGGCCGCGGGUGGGGUCAGGUCGGGGUACCCCGGAGCCUCGCCGGGGUCGUACUCCUGCGAGGAGCAGUCCCCGUCGACCAGUCGCCGGCCGAUGGGGCGGGCAGCGGCCAUGGAGCCGCCGCGGCUCGGCACCGACCACAGUGCUUCGUAUGAGACUGUGUCCGACACGUAUCAGCCCAGCUUCCGGUCGGCGACGCUGGUGACGUCGUUCUCGCCCGGACUGCCCGCCUCGGGCCGGCGGCCGACCGGUCUGGAGGCUUCCAGAGGCCCGCGGCCCGGCGUGGCGCAGCGCUCGGCCUCGCUCGCCGCCGGGCCACCCGGCUCGCAGUCGCCCGGCGUGCGGCCGCUACACCCGGCACCGGCCUCACCGCGGACCGCCGCGCCCGCCUCGCCGCAGGGCCGGCCCCCGCGCCCCCACCUCCCCCUGUCGCUGUCCGGGGGCCAGGUCCCCAACGGCCGGCCGGCGCCGCACCCGUCCCCCCUGCCGCCCCGCCCGGCUGCGUCCCCCUCUGCCGCCGCGCCGGCGGCGGGGGGCAGGGGCUGGCUGGGUCAGGGCGGCGGCGCCCGUCCGGCCCGACCGGCGGCGCUGCCCGGCAAAGCGGCGCCAGCCACCCGCCGGCUGCCGACCACACCUGUCCUGGAGUCGCCCGACGAGGAUAACAGCAGGACCGAGCGCUCCACGUGGAUUCCCAGAUGGUCUGGCUAUCAGAAGCUCUCGACCAAAUGUGAUGACCCGCCGCCAAUUCCUCAGGCUGACACGGAGGAGCCCGACACGGACCAGGAGACGGACCGACUGCUCGGACAGAACAAGUCCGCCGCCGCCGACGACUCCACCACCAGUGACAAGGUGCGUGGCGCGCGCUGC